AAUCAUAAGCUACUUUCACUUUUAAACCGGAAGUGUUUCUUCUGUUUGGCAACAAAGCCACCCAUUUGAUCUGCUGUUGGUGUUACGUAAAGACGACUCUAUAUACCAAACAGGAACGCAGAUAUGAAAAAUUCCAAUGAGUCUGUUUAAAAGAAAAGGUCCAACUCCGGUAGAAGUUGCUCAAGAAAAUGAUAUCAAACAAAAUAUCACAAAGGAACUCUCUACAGCUGUCAAGAAGCUCCAACAGGAGCAACAACUGAACUCAGAUGAACCAAUCCUCAGCACUGAUUCAGCAAAUGCAAUUUGUAACAUUCUUGAAAGCAUCUUCCUUCAUGGCUGUAAGCCGCCAGUUUCCAAAAAGAUAGCAAAUUACAUUGGUAUAAAUCAGGGAUAUGAAAAUGGAGCCCAACAAAUUAAUUUCUGGAUGUUUUGUGAGCGGUUUACCCACAGUGAUGUUAUAGCUCAGUUGAAACGGUUAGCUCAGGUCAACUCAGAGAUUGGUCUGUGCAGGGCCUGGAUUCGUGUUGCGCUCAACGAUGGGUUAAUGGAGAGCUAUGUCAAUGCCAUGAUGGCAGACAAGAAAUCCCUGGAGUACUUUUAUAGCAGUACAUCUUAUUUUAGAGACCAUGAACAGCCUGAAAUAUUUCUUUCCUACUUAAAAGGUUUAAUGUUGUACGAGUUCCGGCUUUCCUACAACUCCAGUGUGCUAAACAACUGGCCAAACUCCUCCCUCGUGAUGGCGGGGCUAAUUGACGCAGAGAACACGCCCCUUCCUGUUAUUCAUCCUCAAAGAGCAAGCCUAAAGAAAAAUGAGACAGAACGGAGAGAUGUCGGGGUCGAGUCCAUACAUCACAUCAACCGACAGAAGAGCAAGUCCAAAAAGAGGACUAGUCUAGAGGAGGGAGGGGAGUCAUCUCUCCCCCAGGGAAAGUCUGUCUCAGAAUACAGCUCUGAACUGACCCAGGAGGAUGUGGACAAAAUUCGAGGAAUGAAACCAAGAAACAAAAGUAGGUCCGAGUGUUCCAGUUCCAGUCGAGUAUCCUGCCCUGACCCAGUGAAAUACAAUAAGAACCCUGCCUUGUAUGUAGCAGACAGGGGAAAAGACGACGAGCCCAUGUUUGAUUUAGGUGAUGAUGCAGAUGUCUCAGGUCAGGAUAUUGGUAACAACGAUUUACAAAGCAAAGAACAUAUUGAUGAAGAGAUUGAUCCAAUGUUCUCUAGUGAUAAUCCCCACCUGGGUUCAGAUCUUAGUUCUCCAGACAAACCCUCCUUAAAUGACCCUAGCUCUUAUGGAGAGUUUAGUUACUCCAGUGUUUCAGGAGAGCUUUUGGACAGUAAGGACUUAGAAGAAGACACUUUCCUUGAUUCUGAGGGAUCGGGACUUCCUGUAAGUCCGAUGGGAGUAAAUGGAUAUGAGGACAUGCGUGAAUGUAUCGAAGAAACAAAUAAAGCUGACAGUCCAUUUGAGGAGACCCAGCCAGUCAUGAUCUCAGAGAACAAACCCAGUGAUUUCCCAGUCAGUCCGCAGCAGCAAGACUUUGUGAAUGAGCGAAUCUUACAGGACAUUCUCAACACAGAACUGGGUAGUCCAAGUGACAAGAGAGAUAAGAAAAUUACGAGUGAUUCUUCAUGUGAUAACAGUUACACUGGGUCUCCACAGGAUGAGAAUAAAGUGAGGAGAAAGUCGAGGAGUAGGAGAGAGAACCUGAAGCCAGAGUUCGGUGCAGGGACCAGGAAUAUUGUUCAGCCUCAGCUCUCCCCAGCGGUCGCCGAUGCUAUUGAGACAACCAUGAUGGAUCAGACCACACAAAAAAGGUUCUCUAUCAGUGACACAGAGGUCAGUGAGCAGGCUUCCUCAUCACCAAGACGACCAAGAUCUGGUGCCCUGUCAGUUUGCUUGGAACCAGAAAAUGAUGAGGGCAUUGGAAUUGCUUCACCGCCCAGUAUAGGAAACAGCUUGGGUGCUAAAAGUGGAUGGUCCUCAGACUUUGAUCAACCAACCCAGUCCCAUGCAGUGUCUGGCACAAUGCCUCUCAGAAAUAAAUCUGAGAGUUUUAACUCCCUGCUGAAGAGUUACACCCCCUCCAGCCAAGUUGCUUCCCCUACCAUGGCCGACGUACUUCAGGAGCUCCCAGAGCAGACUGACUACUCCCCUUCAUCCCCAGAGGUGGAUCGAAGAAUUUCUGACCCUCAGGAAGAAGACUUUGAAAUAAUCGGUGACCUUGACUCGGAGGGCUCAGAGAGAGAUCCCAAUAACCAGACUUUGUUACUUGGAGUGAUAACCACAGAGAAAGGCCUGGAUGCUCAAAAUUAUCAAUGUGGCAGCUGUAAAAGACCCAUUGGAUUCAUCUAUGGAAAGCCAAGAGUAUGUACAUUUGAUGGGAAGUACUACUGCUUUGAGUGUCAUGAAAACGAUGAGUACUACAUUCCUGCCCUGAUCAUCCACAACUGGGACUUCAGGAAACACAUCGUUUCCAAGAAAUCCCUGACUUUUCUACAAGAUGUUGAAGAUCAUUCUGUCAUUGACAUUUCUUCAGUGAAUCCCAAACUGUACGAACACAUCACAGAAAUGGGCCAGCUACAGCAAUUGAGAAAGCAGCUCUGCCAUUUAAAGACAUACUUGUUCACAUGUAAACAGUCCAUUGCUGAUGAAUUUCGGAAAAGCAUGUGGCCAAAAGAAUAUUUAUACGAGGGUGUUCAUAAUUAUACACUGGCUGACUUGCUGCAAGUGCCAUCAGGACAGCUAGCUCAGAGCCUGAAGAAGUCCAUCAAGUUUGCAACAAAGCAUGUGUUUGAGUGCCCCUUGUGUAGUGGGAAGGGCUUUAUUUGUGAACUCUGUCACAACCCUAAGGUCAUCUAUCCAUUCCAGACUGAUGAUACCAUCAGGUGUUCCAAGUGUAAAUCUGUAUUCCAUAAGUCUUGUAAACUGGAUUCCAAAUCCUGCCCUAAAUGUGAACGACGAAACAAACGGAAAUCAAAAUCGGGGGAUACCCUUGAGACCCCCGACAUUCAUGACUACGCCUUCUCGCCCCAAUUUGUCUCUUGAAGAGACUCUUUUUUACCUUAUAUAAUUAUACUUUAAGCUUAUAGAUAUCAGCUGUUUUUAUUUUUGAUUUAUUUUAGUUUAAUUUUUAACCGGGAUUUUGGCGGCAAUGUUUAUUUUAUUUUCUUGCUUUACAGAAAAGUAUUUUAUAAUCUUAGACCUAGAAUGCACCAAGGUUUUGUUUACACAAAUCAACUUUUAAAAAAUGUGAAUCACGCUUUGCUGAAUUUGAAGAUCAAUGUACCAUAAGUGCAUGUGCUGCAAUAUUUCUUUUAAUUAGUACGUAUUCAUUUGGUGAAUUAGUUUUAUAUUUCUGUUGUGUAUUGUUUCAGUGUUUAAUGUUUAUAAGUUAAUUUCACAUGAUAAAAUAUCACAUUUGUGAUAUUUCUACAUACCAGUGUUUCCAAUAUGUAUAUACAUGUAUAUGAAUAAUAAACUAUUUUGUUAUU